UGGGUGGAGCCAAGCCAAGGAGGAAGGGAUAAAUACCAGGUCCUGACCCAUAGCACCCUCCCCGUUGUGUCGUUCGUUCGUCCUCAGUGCAGGGCAACAGGACUUCGGGAUCAAGAUGGUGGCAGCAGCCAUAUUGCUACAGCGCUGCCCAGUACUUGCCCGUGGCCCCUCAGGCCUCCUGAGCAAAGUGAUUAAGACUCACCAGUUCCUUUUUGGUAUUGGAUGCUGCCCCAUCCUGGCCACCCAAGGACCUACCUGUUCUCAAAUCCACCUUAAGGCAACCAAGGCUGGAGGAGACUCUCCAUCUUGGGCCAAGAGCCACUGUCCCUUCAUGCUCUCAGAACUCCAGGAUGGGAAGAGCAAGAUUGUGCAGAAGGCAGCCCCAGAAGUCCAGGAGGAUGUGAAGACUUUCAAGACAGGAAACCACGUCUUUGGUUAUGAGCAAUUUUUCAGGGACAAGAUCAUGGAGAAGAAGCAGGACCACACCUACCGUGUGUUCAAGACUGUGAAUCGCUGGGCUGAUGCAUACCCCUUUGCCCAACACUUCCCUGAAACAUCUGUGUCUGCAAAGGAUGUGUCUGUCUGGUGCAGUAAUGACUACCUAGGCAUGAGCAGGCACCCUCGGGUCUUGCAAGCCACACAGGAGACCCUGCAGCGUCAUGGAGCUGGAGCUGGUGGUACCCGCAAUAUCUCAGGUACCAGUAAAUUUCAUGUGGAGCUGGAGCAGGAGCUGGCUGAGCUGCACCAGAAGGAUUCAGCCCUGCUCUUCUCCUCCUGCUUUGUGGCAAAUGAUUCUACUCUUUUCACCUUGGCCAAGAUCCUGCCAGGGUGUGAGAUUUACUCAGAUGCAGGCAACCAUGCUUCAAUGAUCCAAGGUAUCCGCAACAGUGGAGCAGCCAAGUUUGUCUUCAGGCACAAUGACCCUGACCACCUGAAGAGACUUCUAAAUAAGUCCAACUCUGAGACACCCAAAAUUGUGGCCUUUGAGACUGUUCACUCCAUGGAUGGUGCCAUCUGUCCCCUCGAGGAGUUGUGUGAUGUGGCCCACCAGUAUGGAGCUCUAACCUUUGUGGAUGAGGUUCAUGCUGUAGGACUGUAUGGUUCCCGGGGCGCUGGCAUUGGGGAACGUGAUGGAAUUAUGCACAAAAUUGACAUCAUUUCUGGAACUCUUGGCAAGGCCUUUGGCUGUGUGGGUGGUUACAUCGCCAGCACCCGUGACUUGGUGGACAUGGUGCGUUCCUAUGCUGCUGGCUUCAUCUUCACCACUUCACUGCCUCCCAUGGUGCUAUCUGGGGCUCUGGAAUCUGUGCGGCUGCUCAAGGGAGAGGAGGGCCAAGCCCUGAGGCGGGCCCACCAGCGCAAUGUCAAACACAUGCGCCAGCUACUAAUGGACAGGGGCUUUCCUGUUAUCCCCUGUCCCAGCCACAUCAUACCCAUCCGGGUGGGUGAUGCAGCACUGAACAGCAAGAUCUGUGAUCUCCUGCUCUCCAAGCAUAGCAUCUAUGUGCAAGCCAUCAACUACCCAACUGUCCCCCGGGGUGAGGAGCUGCUGCGCCUGGCACCCUCCCCCCAUCAUAGCCCUCAGAUGAUGGAAGACUUUGUGGAGAAGCUGCUGGCAGCCUGGACUGAGGUGGGGCUGCCCCUUCAGGAUGUGUCUGUGACUGCCUGCAAUUUCUGUCACCGUCCUGUGCACUUCGAGCUCAUGAGUGAGUGGGAACGCUCCUACUUCGGGAACAUGGGCCCCCAGUAUGUCACCACCUAUGCAUGAGAAGCCAGCUGCCUCAGAACCCCACCCUAUCUGCAUUCCACUCGGGGCUGGGCCUCUUCCUGUCCUCUGCUUUGUUGUGUGCCUCUGGCUGACUUGAGUCUGAAAACAAAUAAAGAGCAAACUGCA